AGCCUUAUCAGUGCAGAUAAUCUAAAUCACAAAAUACUUGAAAAUUUGUUUCUGACUGACUGAUGGCAUUAUUAUUGCGGUUGUUCAAAUAUGCCUCACUCGAAUCUGCAAUACCUGCCCAUCGUCCUGGGCACUGCUCUUCCUGUCACCUUCAUCUGGACUUACAUCAUUGCAGUGUCAUUGCGGCAUGUCGAGCCAGGCUUCCCGUUCAUAAGCCACGCUGGAAAUGAAAUUCCUGAGAGCUGCUUUUUCGGACAAAUGCUCAACAUCUGCGCCGCCCUGAUGACGUUGUGUGUGUACAUCAGACACAGGCAGUUGGUGUCGCAAGAGCCGCCUUAUCGGCCGCCGCUCGCUCUGCUCAAGAGUGGUUUGUGGACGGGCUGGAUCGCCAGUCUGGGUGUCAGCAUCGUUGGGAAUUUCCAACUCGAGUCGCUCAUCAUUGUCCAUGGAGUCGGCGCAUUUUUCGCGUUUAUCAUCGGAAUCCCGUACUUGUGGAUUCAGGUUGUCUGCACAACUUACGACCCUCCGUCGAAGUAUUCAAAAGUUGUCAUCCAAACCCGAAUCGUCUUGGCUUCGAUCGCAACUUUUUCCCUGGUCGUUUUGCUGGCCACGAUGCUCGCAUCUUACAUCAUGCUUUCUUUAGGGCUGAAAAACGAUGUUCAAUUCGGUCUGUACUUGACCAGCGCCGUUGCCGAGUGGGUCAUGGCGAUGGCAAUGUCCGCCUUCAUAGUCACAUUUGCCCGCGAAUUCCAGCAAAUCUCCCUUACAACGCCAGAAGUGCACCGAAUCAAAAAGGGAGUGAAGCAGACCGGGAAUUACGGAUCCAUCUCUGAAGCAAGCAUUGAAACAGACUGAUUUUAUUUUUCAAUAAAAUAUAAAUUUUUUUUAUUGGAA